AUGCUGUUUAUACAGCCUCUGUUCGACCCUCUAAAGAACAUGCAAGGACCUGGCGGUUCGCUACUGCAAAACCACUUUCGCGAAUUCAUGGAUCCGAGCAUAUCACCAGACACUCACGAGGAUUCGGUGAAGCUGUACGGCAAGACUUUCCGUUUUCAUGGGUUUGGUCGUCAUGACUAUCGUCUGAUGUCCUUGGACCUCCGAGCCAUUUCGUACAUCCUGAAUUCUUCAGUGUACGAAAAACCCUGGCAGACUCGCUCGCUUCUGUCAAGAUUACUUGGGAAAGGUAUAUUUGCGAUGGAAGGCGAGGAGCACAAGGUCUUGCGGAAAUUGAUUGCACCAGCUUUCUCUACGCAAUCUGUGAAAGCCAUGACACCCAUAUUUUACCAAAAAGCCGAGGAACUCCGUGAUCGUUGGGAGGACAUCACGUCUCGAGCCACAUCUCAAGAAGUCUCUUUCACCCCUACUGCACCCACUCCGACGUCCUCGACAAAUUCGUGUGUUAUCGAUGUAUCUCACUGGAUAUCGCGCGCGACGUUCGAUGUGAUAGGGCUGGCUGGUUUUGAUUACCAUUUCCGUUCUCUUCAGGAUGAAUCGGAAGAAGUUUACUUGGCUUACCGGAAUAUGUUUGGUGUCGCUGAUAAAGGGCCUGGUUUGAAGGGACUUGUACAGAUAUACUUCCCGUUCAUUGAGAAAGUUUUCCCUGACGAAGGCUCUAGGGUGACGCAAGAAAGUCUCCGUGUCAUCCAUAAUGCUGGAAAACAGCUGGUUCAUAACAAGAAAGUUGUUAUCUUAGCAGAGAAGGCUGACGCGAAAGAUAUCAAAGAAAAGGACAUUCUCAGUCUACUCAUCAAAUCCAACCUCUCUUCCGAUUCAUCAAAACGUCUGUCGGAUGGAGAACUUCUCGACCAACUUUCCACAUUUUUAUUUGCCGGUUCCGAUUCUACCUCGCUUACUAUCGCGUGGUGCAUACACCUUCUUUCUCUUCACCCUGACAUCCAAAAACGUCUUCGCGACGAGCUUCUCUCCCUCCCUGUAAACCCGGUUUCGGACGCAUCGCAGGCCUCUACUGAGAUCAUCGAUGCUCUACCAUUCCUAGACUACGUCGUGCGCGAAACACUGCGUCUUUGCCCCUCCGUUCAUGGCACGAUACGAGUAGCCACUCAAGACGACACCAUCCCAAUUUCGUCGCCCAUCGUACUGCGCAACGGCACAGUCGUCCAAGCGGGCGAAGAAAUACCCAUCAGGAAAGGCUCCUACGUCCAUAUUCCCAUCGAGGGCUUGAAUAUGAGCGCUGAUAUAUGGGGAGAGGACGCUCGGACAUUCAACCCCGAUCGUUGGUCAUCCCUCCCAGUCUCUGCUCGAGUGCCAUCACAUCCCGGCAUCGCUAACCUUAUGACGUUCUCCUUCGGCCCUCACGCCUGCCCAGGCUGGAAAUUCUCCAUCUUGGAGACCAAGAUCUUUUUGGCAACGCUGCUCCCCCACUUUGCCUUCGAGCCAGCUGAGGACAUCCGCAAGUUUAAUGCCAUCUUGACGCGACCAUACGUAUACGACCAAUUCGAGAAAGGCUCCAGAUUGCCACUCAAGGUCACAAAGUAUACAACUAUCUGAUAUUACAUUAUAUACCAGAGCAAGAUUUUGAGGCUCACUUUUUGUAUUUCUACAAGCUAAGUACUAUUCUACCGUCCAGAGCUCGUUCAGAUAUUCCCAGAGGAUGAUCUUAUUACCUGUCCAACUUAUCUUGCUUAGCCUCUACUUUGUUUGUAUUACACAGUUACACAGGAUAAACGAUAGAUUGCAAUUCCACUUGGUUUCAACUGGCAUAACAAAGAAUAAUACU